AUGAAGCUGGAGUCAUUUGUACAGGAGGCAUCGCCCUUUUUGGCCAUGAUAACAAUAGAAUGUUUAGAUGUUGCUCUCUCAGUGAUAAUGAAGGCAGCUUUGAACCAGGGAUUGAACAACAUGGUUUCCGUCGUCUACUGUAAUGCCUUCGCUGCCCUCCUUCUUCUUCCUUACUUCAUUUUCAGCAGAAACAAGCGUCCUCCUCUCACUUUCUCCCUCCUUCGGAAAAUUUUCCUCCUUGCCUUUCUCAUGAGCAGUGGCCAAAUAAUGUAUUUAACCGGCAUUAAAUUCAGUUCCCCAACUCUUUCAUCCGCUAUUAUGAAUCUUAUUCCCAUCCUUACUUUCUUGCUUGCAGUCAUAUUCGGGUUUGAGAAGCUAGAGUUAAGAAGGUCAAGCACACAUGCCAAAUUCUCGGGUGCCAUUUUAGCAGUAACAGGAGCUUUUAUAAUCACCAUGUAUAAGGGUCCAAAGCUCUUGGCUUCAUCAACUUCUACCUCUCCAACUCCUCAUCAUCAGCUGCUUCUUCCACUGCGAUCAGAAUGGGUCAUUGGAGGAUUUCUCCUCCUUCUGUGUGCUAUAGAAUCUGCAAUAGUGAUAAUUUCUCAGGCCGAUAUUCUCAAGAAGUGCCCAGAUGAAAUGACCAUAGUCUUCUUGACCAACUUCUUUGUUACUACCCAAGCUGCUGUUUUCUCAGCCAUAGCUGAAAGAAACCCAGGUGCAUGGAAAUUGUCGACAACUGUUGAAAUACUCGCCAUUGUUUGCAAUGCUACAUUAGGAAAUGUUUUCCGGACUGUUGUUCAUAUCUGGUGCUUACACAAGAAAGGGCCUAUCUAUGUAGCAAUUUUCAAGCCACUGGGGAUGGCUGUUGCAGUGGUGCUGACAGUCAUAUUCCUUGGAAGCACUCUUUCUCUGGGCAGUGUAAUUGGAUCCACUGUUAUUGCACUUGGAUUUUAUACUGUGAUGUGGGUACAAAUGAAAGAGAAAAACAUGGCUGUUGACAUUGAAGAUUUUAGCGGGGGAUCAAACAGCCAAAGGGCACCUCUUCUUCAAAACGGUGAAGAUACAGUAACAUCAUGUUAGAAAAAAAAUUUCAUUGGUUUUGUAAUUUUCUGAACGACAGAUCUUUAUUCAUAAAUGAUUAAAAUU